AUGGCAUCUCAUGUAGCAAAAUCUUUAAUAAAAGCUACCCAUGUCGGAUCGACUGCAAAAUUCGAUACUGCCCGCCGGGCUCUCAGUGUGGGGGCUGCACUCCAGCAGAAAAAAACUCUCCAAGACCGUACCGGCAAGAAUGUAGUUCUCGUAGAUGGAGUCAGGACUCCUUUCCUCGUUUCGUUUACUGAUUACUCUCGGAUGAUGCCUCACGAGUUGGCCCGACAUGCUCUGCUUGGUCUCCUUCAAAAGACUGGCAUCUCUAAGGACAUCAUUGACUACAUUGUAUACGGUACUGUCAUCCAAGAAGUGAAGACCUCCAAUAUUGGUCGCGAGGCGGCGCUAGCGGCCGGGUUCAGUGACCGCACUCCCGCGCACACCGUCACCAUGGCCUGUAUAUCGUCCAACCAGGCGAUCACCACUGGUAUCGGUAUGAUAGCAGCCGGCGCAUACGAAGUGAUAGUGGCCGGUGGCGUAGAAUUUAUGUCUGAUGUCCCCAUUCGGCACUCGCGCAAGAUGCGCUCACUGCUACUGCGGCUAAACCGCGCCAAGACUCCCGCGCAGAGGCUGUCGCUGAUCGCCACUAUAAGGCCGGACUUCUUCGCGCCAGAGUUACCCGCCGUGGCUGAGUUCUCGUCGGGCGAGACGAUGGGCCACAGCGCGGACAGACUGGCCGCAGCGUUCGGUGCGUCGCGCGCGGAACAAGACGAGUACGCGCUCAGAUCGCACAUGAACGCUCAUAACGCUCAACAGAAGGGGUACUUUACCGACUUGAUACCGGUUAAAGUGGACGGCAGAGACGGCCUGGUUGACAAGGACAACGGUAUCCGCGUCUCCACGCCCGAACAGCUCGCCAAGCUGAAGCCGGCCUUCGUCAAACCACAUGGAACUGUCACCGCUGCCAACGCUUCAUUCCUGACAGACGGGGCGUCUGCUUGCCUAGUGAUGUCGGAGGCCAAGGCCAAGGAGCUGGGCCUCAGACCGAAGGCCUAUCUGCGGGACUUCCUCUACGUAGCACAGGACCCCGUAGACCAACUUCUCCUGGGGCCGGCUUACGGCAUCCCCAAGCUGCUGGACCGCGCCGGCCUCAAGAUGAACGACAUCGACUCCUGGGAGAUCCAUGAAGCCUUCGCUGGUCAAAUUCUAGCUAAUUUGAAGGCGCUGGACUCUGAUUGGUUCAGCCAGACCUACCUGGGACGCCAGUCGAAGGUGGGAAACCCAGACAUGAAGAAAUGGAACGCUUGGGGCGGCUCGCUCUCUAUCGGACAUCCGUUCGCCGCUACCGGGGUCCGCCUCGCGAUGCACACGUCCAACCGUCUCGUCCGCGAAGACGGACAGUUAGGCGUGAUCUCUGCUUGUGCGGCUGGAGGGCAGGGAGUCGCCAUGAUCCUCGAGAGGCAUCCCGACGCCACCGCUGAUUAG